UGUCAGAAUUCUGUAAUUCAUACAGCUAUUUUAUUUUAUUUUGUUGUGUGGCUGAAAUUGAUUUAGUAAAAUUGAGAUUCAAUUAGUACGAAGAAUAGUCUACUUUUCUCGUUAUGGAAGGUUUUAUUGAAGUGAAUGAGAUAUCUGACUUCGUUUCAUAUAUCCGCAGUAUUGAAUGGCGUGAUCCCUGGUUGAUAGCUUUACUCUCAUUUCACAUACUGGUAACGUUCAUGUGCUUCUCAACAAGGAAUUAUGGGAACUUUCAAGUUAUGCUGUUUAUAACAUUAUUACUUCUCGUCUAUUUCUCCGAAAGUAUAAACGAAGUGGCAGCAAGGAAUUGGGCCCUGUUCUCCAGACAACAAUAUUUUGACAGCAAAGGGCUGUUCAUAUCAGUCGUGUUCUCCAUUCCGAUAUUGCUGAAUUGCAUGAUUAUGGUGGGUUCAUGGCUUUACCAAUCAACACAGAUAAUGACCAACAUCAAGAAGGCACAGUUACGGCAGCGGCUGAAAGAGCUCAACAUCAACAGGGAACAACAGAAACACAUCAAGGCAGACUAAACGAUAAGAUACAGGUAUCGAUAGGACACUAAAGAUACUCUGGUAAACCUACUUCGUUAGUAGAAAAUACGCUGUGGGCAAAGUACAGCCCGUGAGCCAAAUCAGGCCUGCAAAAGGAUGUUAUCCGGCCCUCCAUCGGUCCUUCAAAAUAUUGUGUGAUGUGGCCAUUGUGUGAGAUUGCAUUUUGGUGUGAAUCUGGCCCUUCUCUAAAAUUUCCAAUUUUGGCUCCCAAAGGAAAAAGUUUGCCCACCUUUGCGCUAAACUCUAAAUUUUGUAUGGAACAUCAAUCAUCGUGCUAACGUGUUUCAGCCGCAUUUUUCUACUGAUAGAGCUGGUUUGCCGGAAUAUAGAUAAAAGAUAUUUUAUCAGAAAAACACUAACUAAGGAUAUCCUGGUCACGGCACCAAAUUGUUGUAGGAAUAUUAAAAACAGUUCUUAAUAACCAUGUGGUACUCUAGAAAUAAUUCAAGUAAUUCCUAUUUGCAGUAGAUAGAUAGAAUAUUGCCAUUUUUUGCAGGGUUCAUGUGGAUAUCUUUAGUAAUCUUGAUUGAAUAUUUACUAUUAGAAUAGUAACAAGUCAAUUUUUAUGAAUCGGCCUAAAACCCCGAACACUUAUGAUAGAAAACUAUAUAAUAUUCGAUGAGGUUACUAAUGAUAUUUGGCGUAAAAGAGUAUAAAAUAUUUUUGCCAUUAUCACUAAUAAAUUUGGUGUAGGAAUUGUGAUGAAAAUUUGGAUAGGAACUGUUAUUAUUAUAAAUACUGGCGCAGCAGAACAUUUUGUUCAAAGCAGUUUUACGGAGUACCUAUGUUAUAUUCAAUAAUAUACUGACAUUACGCAUUUCUACGCAACAUAUAUUGCUUUAACCUUCUUUAAUGUUUAUUUACCAUAUACAUACUUAUCGAAAUUAAAUUCUACACUUUAUUUAUGAUCAUCUAUCUCUUAUAAUUAUAUACUCGUGAAUAAAUUUCAUCACAUUUAGUUUUUACUAUAAUUAAAAUCAGUGGCAUCAUUUAACUAAAAAAAAAAAAAAUGUACAUGUACCCUGACAUGUGAGCUAUCAUUUCAAAUAUUCAAUGGUAGAUACAUAAAAAAGUACAAUAAGAAAAUACAUCCGACGUAGGUAUUGGCACAGUUAGCAAGUACUUGCACCAAAUAUCAAAUUUAAUUGAAUCAGUGAAGACUGUCUAGUGUCCAUUAGUUUGAAGGAUUGCUGUGUUAUCUAAGGAUGAGUUUUUUUAGGCAUUGAGAUGUAAAAUUUAUAUGUUAAUUGCACUUUUUUCUAGCUUUAUUAGUAAGAUUUUAUUGAGUGAGUGAAUAAUAUUGCCCAUCAUUAAAAUCAUAAGAUGUGUUUUUGACAGCACUUGUAUUCCUUCUGCAUUUUCCUACGUGUUUCUUGCAUUUCUCGUACUUAAGACAUAAACUUCUACUUUACUUUCCUUUUCUAUAAUACUGCCGUCAGUUAUGUUGUUAGGGUGUUUAAAGAAAAAUCAAACCGAAAUAUCUCGAUUAUAAAAUCGUUCUGGUACAUAAAAUCAUAGCAUAAAGUUAAUCCAAUCAUAAAAUGUACGCUAUGUUGAAGGUUUACAGUACCAGUUAUUACUAGUAACUUUACUCCUUAGAGAAGGAGGCUUACCUCCUUUCUCACUUUUUAAAUUUUUUUUCUUACUUUACAAUGUUCUUACACUUCUUAUUAAACGGGUUGAAUAAACUUGUUCAUAUACGCCUGCAUUUUAUGAGUGGUUUCACUUUACGCGUUUUAUUGUGUAAGGCCUAACGGCCCAGCCACGACAUUGGUCUAAGCGCGACAGCGGUGAGCGGCAACCAUACGUGCGAAUGAAAAGUCCCAUCGCUGUGUCUCGCUCCAAUGUAUGGCCGCCGCUCACCGCUGUCGCGCUUAGACCAAUGUCGUGGCUGAGCCGUAAGUGGACGCUCGGUCGGCGGGGUGUGUAGCGGGGCGGGGGCGGGCGAGCGUGCGUUGCGUGCACCAUAUGCAGCGUCGACUCAGGACACAUGUAUGAGGUUCAAUCGUUUUGACAUGAACGCCGCACGCCCCGCAGAAAUAUGAGCGUGCACACAGGUCUUACACUAAGAUAUGAAACCUAAACUGUUGCCAUGUAUUUGUAGGUUUCGUAUGGAAUUAUACGAUUAGGAAGGUAAAAUUAAUUAAUAUCACAUAAAGUCGCUAGAAUAGGUUUAUUUUUAUUUGUUAUUGUGAAUGUUUUUUACAGAAUUUUAUUUAAGGAUAUAUGUCGAAAUUGUUUGUUACCUUGUUGAUUUGUAUAUAUUUUUUAUUUUGUCUAUUUUAGUUUUAAGUAAAUCGAUACUGUUGUCUUCAAAACGAAAAUGAAAGAGGACAAGACGAUAUGAAAGUUAACUUUGACGGAAGAAAUUAUUUAUUUUGUUAGAUGAAAUAACAUAACAAACAUUCACAAUGACUGCUUAUAUUUAAGUUUGUGAUAAAUUAUCUAGUGAAACAUGCGAAAGAUUGAAGUAUAUCGAUAUAACAGUUCGGAAAUAUUCCUUGGCUUUUUUAUAUUUUUUAUUUUGCGUAAUAAAGCAUAAUCUAUAAUUUACUUAAUAUUACUGUGCCGACACUCUGGCCUUUGUCAUUGGACGACGAAAAAAUGAGGCUGUGAAAUAUCAUGAGUGUAAAAGUAUAAAUGCCUUUAUAGAUAGAUUCCUUUCCUAAUAAAAAUACAGUAAAUUUAUCCAUCUACACUGAUGAAUAUGUUGUUUGAAUCUGGACAAUAUAACAAUUUGUGCCUACAUAUAUGUAUUAUAUAAUAGACAAUAACUGGACUUUUAUAUCUUCUCUUUUAAUCGUUCUUAUAAUGGUAUUAUUAUUUAAUAGGAGUUUAUGUAUUCUACUUCAAUGUCAAUUGGAUCUCGGUUUAUUUAUUGUUUAUUUUGUUAAAAGUAUUUUGGGAAGGUCAGAUAAAGUAUAUCAAUGAAAUAGCGAUAUCAAAAUUAUAAGAUAACUUCGCUUUGAUUUCAAGACUAAUCAAUUUAUACAUAGCUAAAAAUUAUAGACUUAAAUAUUCAAUUAUUGAUUACGUCCAUACGAUUUAGAUAUCAUGUGUUCUAGGCACUUGGUCCAUAUAGAAAAAAUAUAGCUUAUAUUCGCGUCAUAGAACUUUAUAAACUUUAAGAUCAUUCAAAGAAUCAAUUUGUUUCAUAAAAAUAACGCAUUACAUCCACGGCUCAGACAUUUAAAAGGCUUGCGUCGAUCCAAGCGGGUAAUUUACCUACGUUCUGUGUAUAUCAAUAUUACAUUACAAUAUAAUGUAGCCUAGAAAAAAGAGAAGAAAUUAAAAAGUGGCAACAUCGUAGUGUCGUCUCGUUUCUUGAAUAUAUUGGUUUAAAAGGGACGACAUUGCGAUGUUGCCUGAUGCAUCAUAUUAAUUCGACAUUUAUUUUAAGUUUGCUGUCGGAAAGACCUGGCGCUUUAUUAUAGCCUGGCGAACAAAACUAUUCAGAAAAGCCUGUCUUAUAUCUCUUUUUUGCCUUGUCGAUUAUCAAAAAUGAUUAAUUUUCUAGUAUUUAGCAGGUAUUUAAUGAGUAAUCAUCAAAACUGAGACGCGUGUGAUUCAUAACAUAGUUGUUACGGGCUUUACUAUGUCAUCUGUAGGUAUUGCCACAAUCGUUAGUGUUCAAUGAAGACCUGAAGUGGUAUUGAGAAUGACAAAGAAAAUUACAGCAAGUACAAAAAACUUUUUUUUUGUAAAAAUGUAAAUGAGUUUACCCAUUUGAUGGUUACUUUAAUUAAAAUAUUUAGUUGCCCAAAGACAUCGAUUUCCUCUAUACUCGGGCAAGGCACCUGUUCUUUUAAGGUGGAAAACAAAAUAUCUCACGUGCACAUGAGUGAUUGAGUGAAUUUCGAGGGGCUUUAUUUUAAACUCUAUUGAUUAAAGAAAAUGAGAUAAGUAUUACCAAGUCUGAAAAAAACGACCUAUAAAUUCCUAUGUUGAUGGCCUGCCUAGUAAAUGUUGAGAAAAACAUCGAUUAAUGUAAAGUAUUUUAUAGUAAAGCGCACGAAAUUAUUAUAAAUAAAAACAGAAGUUAUAGUAAGUACCUAAUCUCAAAACAUUUACAGUAAAUGGCCAUAAAGAAUGGACAUCAGUUUUUAGUCUAAUAGGCUAGUUUCCUACUAGUCAAAUCAGCUUCUUUUUAUGAACUGUCAAAACGAUUUGCUAAUAUGGAAUUACUAUGAAAUACUGAGGAGUGAAGUCACGAUCAAUUCAUCAACUUAAUAUAUUUCUCUUUGACUUAUUAAAUAUAAAUUAUGUUUAAACAUAUAACUACUGCCCAUAUUUACCUUUUAAUUAGGUGGUGCUUUAUUUCGUUCACUGCAUAAUAGUAUUUUAUGCAACAGGCGUUUAAAGGAGGU